AUGGGAUAUCUACCAUCUGAUUCUUUUGCCACGAAAGCUAUCCAUGCGGGUGCACACAGUGAUGAACAUGGUUCUGUGAUUGAGCCUAUUUCUUUGUCUACAACUUUCAGACAGUCCUCUCCUGCUGUACCAAUUGGUGAAUACGAGUACUCCAGAUCACAAAAUCCCAACAGGAAGAAUUUGGAAGAUGCUAUUGCUGCUCUAGAAAACGCCAAGUACGGUUUGGCGUUUUCUUCUGGUUCUGCCACUACUGCAGUUAUCUUGCAGUCCUUGCCUCAAGGUUCUCACGUGGUCUCCAUUGGCGAUGUCUACGGCGGUACGCAUAGAUACUUCACAGCUGUUGCCAACACCCACGGUGUUGAAACCACUUUCACUAAUAACCUUGUUGAGGACCUUCCAAAUUUAAUCAAGGAAAAUACUAAAUUGGUUUGGAUCGAGUCUCCUACCAACCCAACCUUGAAGGUUACUGAUAUUGAAUAUGUCACUAAAAUUGCUAAAGGUGUCACCAAGGACAUUGUUGUCGUCGUCGAUAACACAUUUUUAUCCCCAUACCUGUCUAACCCUCUAAAUUUUGGCGCUGACAUUGUUAUCCAUUCAGCAACCAAAUACAUUAACGGCCAUUCCGAUGUCGUUAUGGGUGUAUUAGCCACCAAUAACGACGCACUUUACGAAAGAUUGAAGUAUUUGCAAAAUGCUGUCGGAGCUAUUCCAUCACCAUUUGACUGUUGGAUGACGCACAGAGGGUUGAAGACCUUACAUUUGCGUUCAAAACAGUCUAGUAUUACUGCUCAAAAGAUUGCUGAGUUCUUAGCUCAAUCCGAAGAUGUUAUUUUGGUCAACUACCCAGGAUUGCCAACCCACGAAAAUUAUGAGGUUGUUAAGAAACAGCACCGUGGCGGUAUGGGAGGCGGUAUGAUUUCAUUCCGUGUCAAAGGUGGUGCUGUCAGUGCUGCUAAAUUCUCUAGUUCCACUAGGUUAUUCGCAUUGGCUGAGUCUCUUGGAGGUGUUGAGUCUCUAUUGGAAGUUCCAGCUGUUAUGACCCAUGGUGGUAUUCCAAAGGAACAAAGAGAACAAUCUGGUGUUUUUGAUGACUUAAUUAGACUUUCUGUUGGUAUUGAAGACACUGAUGACCUUUUGGAAGACAUCAAGCAAGCAUUGUUAGCCUCCAAACAGUAA